UCCGAUUGGUCGGCUGGCGUUUUAGCACAGGAAGUGCAUGGGUGUGUUUCCGACGGGAGGGUCUUCAACUGCAUCGGCGAACUUCCCUGAAGACACCGACAGCGUUUGCACAAAUCGCAGGAUGGAGCUGCGACCACUUGUCAUGUGUUUUGCUCUCUGUGUGGUUUACGCCACCAGCAAACCCACAGAGAAGAAGGAGCGUGUUCACCACGAUGAACCCCUCAGCAACCGAGAGCACGAUGAUAUGGAGAACUUUGACUAUGACCAUGAAGCCUUUCUGGGACAAGAGGAAGCAAAGACCUUUGACCAGCUCACACCAGAGGAGAGCAAGGAAAGGCUUGGUAUGUUGGUUGAACGUAUAGAUGAGGAUAAGGACGGCUUUGUGACAGUGGAGGAGAUGAAGAGGUGGAUCAAGCAUGCUCAGAAGAGGUGGAUCUACGAUGAUGUGGAUCGGCAGUGGAAGAGUCAUGACCUCAAUGGGGAUGAAGUGGUGUCCUGGGAGGAGUACAAGAACGCCACAUAUGGAUACAUUCUUGAUGAUCCCGACCCCGAUGAUGGCUUCAGCUACAGGCAGAUGAUGGAUCGCGAUGAGAGGAGGUUCAAAAUGGCCGACCUAGACAAGGACAUGAGUGCCAACAAGGAGGAGUUCACAGCCUUCCUUCACCCUGAGGAGUACGACCACAUGAAAGACAUUGUCGUGCUGGAAACUAUGGAAGAUAUUGACAAGAAUGGAGAUGGUUUAAUUGAUUUAGACGAGUACAUAGGUGACAUGUACAACCAGGAAGGAGACAACUCAGAACCUGAGUGGGUGAAGACAGAGAGGGAACAGUUUACUGAAUUCAGAGACAAAAACAAAGAUGGAAAGAUGGACAAGGAUGAGACCAGAGACUGGAUCCUGCCCAGUGACUACGACCAUGCUGAUGCCGAGGCCAAGCAUCUCGUCUAUGAGUCAGAUGCAGACAAAGAUGGCCGCCUGACCAAGUCAGAGAUCGUGGAUAAGUACGACCUGUUCGUCGGCAGCCAGGCGACUGACUUUGGAGAGGCUCUGACUCGACACGACGAGUUCUAGCAUCCAUCUGUCUCCAAAGACUCUAUGUUGAUUUUGUGUACCACCUUACUUCUCCGACAGUGGAUGGAGUUUUUCAAACAAGAUGAGCUCGCCUAAUCGAACGCCACGGACAGUAAUUUAUUUGAUUUGUUGAAUGUGUCUCAUUGUACACACACUAACGUUACACACUAACAGUGUGUCCUCAAGCUCAGUUGUGUUUAAGAUUGGGAUAUAUUGCCAGCCUUUACUCUGCUUCCACACGCCACUCUUCCUUUUUCAGGUCAGGCGAAGGACAAACAGUGUUAGAUGAAAAUUAGAUUUAUGAAAUAGCCAUGAUUUGCUAUGAAACCCUAAAGAACAAGUUUGCAGUAAACAGAAUUGUACCUUUUUUUUUGCAAUGCACUGGAGUGUGAAGAGGAAAGCUGAUUUCUAGCCGGUAGAAUAUGUUCUACUCUUCUGUCUAAUCAUAAAAUUGGGCCCAAACUAAAAAUUCCAGUUGCUGAUUCACUUGUACUUUGUUUUCAUGAUAUCUGAUCAUAAUGUGGUAAUGCUGGAGUGUACUGUGUUUGGAAUGAGGAGUGGAUAUUAAAUUUCAGUGACGAUGAAGACUAUUUGGACUAGUGCAAUACAGUGUCAUCAGUGGGACCAGGCUGUGUUUGCUAUACUGGUCCCCAAAGCAUCCAUGUUAACACAGGCUGUGGGUCCUACAUGAGGGCUGGCUGUGUGUUAGUUGAAGGAAUCAAGAAUUUAUGAUUACAGGACUGAUGGAUGCUUUGUCCUCUAAGCUGCCUCCUUUCUUUUUUCUCAUCACCUCAAUAGUGUGUGUGUGUGUGUGCGCGCGUGCGUGUGAAUCUGUGUGUACAUAUAUUAUUUGUAUUCUUGAAAAACCCUUUUUUGAUGUUACGUUUUGUUGGAUUCAGCUGAACUAAUUGAUUUGUGUGCCAAGCAAAAAACUUUUUUCCUGUUUUGUAAUCAGUUUGGGAAAAAAUGCUUUCUCCCUUCAAACACGUCCCCUUCCUAAAUAUGUGUGUUAUGCUUGUAUUAUCACUACCACCAUUUAUAACCACUGUUGAGAAUUUUUAUGGUAUACUAUAAUGUAUAUGAUAAUGUUUUUUUACAGGCUCACUGCAGAGGCCACCCUUUCACUAGUGACUUUACUGUAAAUAAGUUGUUGGUCUGCAAACCGAGCACUCUAACAAUCAGGUCCAGUUUUUGUGAUUGAGAAGAAUGUCUCAAUAAAAACAAAAAAAACAUGUA